AUGUCUCCCCAGCAGCAGCAGGACAGCCUCGGCCGAGGGGGGGCAGGGCAGCAGGAAAACAAACGGCGGAUGAAGUCUCAAAGUUAUCGGCGUCAGUCGGCUCCGUCUCUGGUCUUCACCAAAGCUCUCACCAGGUCCAAGACUGUCUCCAGAGAGAGCUUCCUGCCUCCACUGUGUCCAGAGACGUGUCCGUUGGUCCAGUCCGUCCUCGCCGCCUCUGAUAGGUCCUUUCUUCUCCACGCACACGCUCAGUUGAAGACGGGGAUGCAGACUCAGGACAGACACCUCUUCCUGUUCAAUGACCUCCUGGUUAUCGCCAAAGCAAAGUCAGCCAACCACUUCAAGCAGAAGAGCCAGGUGCGUGUGUGUGACAUGUGGACGGCGAGCUGCAUGGACGAGGUGUGUGAGGGCAGCACCAACCCCGAGAGGAGCUUCGUCAUGGGCUGGCCCACCUGCAACUCGGGUGCUACGUUUAGCUCUGCAGAACAGAAGGAGAGAUGGCUCUCCCUCCUCAAAAGUCGGAUAAAAGACGAGAAAGAGAAGGAGGAGCCUAAAACCAUUCCAAUGAGAGUGUACGGGAAGGGGAUCAACUCCUUCGCUGUUACCAAGACGCUUCCUGUCAGCAACUCAGACUCAACCAAUGAGGUGAUCCGACUGGCUCUGCAGCAGUUCAGCAUCAUAGGGAAUGUGAAAGACUAUCAGCUGUGGGUCAUCUCGAAGAGGGACAACACUCCCUAUCCUCUGAUAGGUCAUGAGUUUCCAUUCAGCAUCCAGAUGAGCCACGUGAGAUGCUCCAUGUCUCAGGGAGGCAGGGACGCCUCGGCACCAGACAGACAGAGGGCGCUGCAGGCGGAGCAGCUGCAGGUGAGCAAGCAGUGCCAGUUCAUCCUGAAGCCUCGGCCCACGGAAACGCUGCAGCACGUAUCUGCAGAGUUGUUUCAGAAGCCGUUUAAAAGGAGGCGGUCCCUCAUCACCUGGGCGUUCUGGCGAGGCUCCUCCUCCCACCUCAACGAGCUGUCACUUGCGCCCCGUGGCUUCCUGUUCGGACAGCCACUCAGCGCCGUUUGUGUAGAGGACGCUCUGCCGAAGCCGGUCAUGGACAUGUUGGCGUUCCUGUACCACGAGGGUUCCUGGACUCGGGGGAUCUUCCGGCGCCCGGCGGGGGCUCGGGCGGUCAGGGAGCUGCGGGACUCUCUGGACGCCGGAGAGUUUCAACUUCCUCUGACACGCGACCACGUCUUCAUCAUAGCCGGAGUCUUUAAGGAUUUCCUGCGCAGCAUCCCGGGCAGCUUGCUGUGUUCUGAACUACAUGAAGAAUGGAUGGAUGUUCUGGAGGAAGAGGAGGAGGAGGAAGAACGGGUGCAGGACAUACAGAGGAUGACCUGUCGCCUGCCCAAAGGAAACGCCCUGCUGCUACGCCACCUGUUGGCCGUGCUGCACGGCAUCGAGGGGAACGCUCACGAGAACCAAAUGACAAGUUUCAACUUAUCGGUUUGCAUCGCUCCCAGCAUGCUUUGGCCUCCCGGAGCACCUUGUAGUCCUGAGGUGGAAGGAGAGGGAGCUAAGAAGGUGUGUGAACUGGUGAAGUUCAUGAUAGAACACUGUCAGCUGAUCCUAGGAGAGGACCCCACCUCUCUGUUCGGAGGGCUGCCACAGAAGCUCAACACUGACGAGGAGGUGCACCCCCCGACCGACUCGUCCUACGACAGUCUGGAGAACGAGUUGGACACCAGCAGCGUAGGGUCGCCCGGUCUCUGCAGCCGGAUGCAGCCUCGAUCCAAAGCUCUUCAGGGCAGCCUGGACUCCAUCCUCACGUUCAGCGACUACGACCAAGACACAGACCCAGACACACACCACACCCCAGCAGGCAGCCCACUUGCUCUGAAGCUAAACCCGCUGCGGAGAUCAAGAGGCCGGAGACAGGAGCCACACCUCUCCAGCCCCGGCCAGGACUCACCGACCACGAACGCCUCCUCCACCCUGGACGCCCUGUCCCUGGACGGACUGCACAGACAGAGGCGGCGCUCAGAGCCGGCAAUCGCUUACAUGACCAAGUUCCGGCCGUGUGUCUCAGGGAGUACCGACGGUCUCACUGGUGAGGAUGAGGAAGAUGAAGAAGAGCCUUUAAAGAAGCCAAGCAUUCACACACUUGCUCAGACCCACUCUGGAGGUCCGAGCAGGAGAGCUGGAGGCGAGCUGAACCUUCCUGGAGGAGCUCUGGGAGCCAGCUCCUCCAGCCUCUCCUCUGCCGCUGCCUCCCCUGCACCCACACGCUCCUCCCUGGAUUCCCUCGACUCCCUGAGCAGUGAGCACUGUGCAGCCAGACGGGGGGUCCACCCGUCCAAAACAUGCCUGCCCUCCAACGAUACCUCUGCAUCCCUUUCCACCAGCGUCGGCUCCGCUCCGACCUCGAAUGAACCCCCUGAGCUGGAGACCAUUCCCAAAGGCUCCCCACCCAGAGAACCACCCAACUGGGGGACUUCAAGAGGUUGCAGGGGCCUCCACCCAAACUCCUGGCUGAGGAAAGACCGGAGACUGUCACUGACCCAACAAGACAACUCAGAAAAAGAAGCAGAGGACAAGACUGCGGAAGGAACCAGCGAUAUGUCGCUCAGACUUGGCAAACUCGUCCCAGAGAAAGGAAAAGCAGGCGAGAGGGGAGGAGGAAAACUGUUCUCCAGCAGCCAACAGAAGCCCAAAGUCUCAGACUCCAGGCGGCUCAGCAGCAGCCACGCCUCUGCAGCCGGUGACAUGUCCAACCAGAGGAGUGAGGCUGAACGUGACGUGAGCGAGCUGAAGCCGCCGUCAACAUCUUUAUUUUACAAGGCCGGCCCUCCAUCUCUGUCCCUGUUUAAACGACACAAGACUCACUCCGGUAAGGACGAGAGUAACACCAGGCUCCAUCAGCGCCGGGGGUCAGAGCCUGGACGACAGGUGGUGGAGCAAGCCGCCACCCUGGGCCGGGCGAGGCUGCCCAGCGACCCCGGGCUGAGGGUGUCCGAGGUGGAGCCGCAGGGUGAGAGGUCGGAGGCACGCUUCUGUCUCUCGCCCUGUGCCACCAAAGCGGUGAAGGACUACUUCUCCUCCCACCGGCGCAGCAAUCCCCAGAGCAGCCAGCAGGUGGCACUGGCCCUGGUGGAGAGUCGCAGGGAGUGGCUGAAGAGAUGCACCGACCCAAAGGCGGAGCCCGAUUUCGAGCAGCUUCUCUUUGCCGAAGAAUCCUACGUCUAA